CCUGUCGUUGCGGCCAGCAGAUGCACUUGCAGCAGGCUGCACAUAGGCGCUCUGCAUGAGCCGCACAUCUUGGCAUGCAGGAGCCUUCUAAAAAUGACCUUGCAGAGGAAAUCGAAGAAGAUCCAUUCCUCCGGGGGUCCGGUCUACUCAUCCUCGGGGUACAAGAAGGCAGAUGAUGAGAUGUCCGGGGCCACGUCCACUGCCGACCAGGGGGAGGCAGCUGCCCGAACCAUCCUCAUCAACCUGCCCCAGACAUGCAAGUUCAGGGACAACAGAGUCAGCACGGCCAAGUACAGCGUGUUAACCUUCCUACCUCGAUUUCUCUAUGAGCAGAUCAGAAGAGCUGCCAAUGCAUUCUUUUUAUUUAUUGCCUUAUUACAGCAAAUUCCUGAUGUUUCUCCGACGGGAAGAUAUACCACUUUGGUGCCCUUAAUUUUCAUUCUCACAGUGGCCGGCAUUAAAGAAAUCAUUGAAGACUAUAAAAGACACAAGGCAGACAAUACUGUUAACAAAAAGAAAACUAUAGUUCUAAGAGGAGGCACUUGGCAGAAUGUGAUUUGGAAGGAGGUGGCAGUUGGAGACAUUGUGAAGGUUACCAAUGGGCAGCACCUUCCAGCUGAUAUGAUCAUUUUAUCAUCCAGUGAACCUCAGGCCAUGUGUUACAUUGAAACAUCUAAUCUUGACGGUGAAACAAAUUUAAAAAUACGUCAGGGUUUACCAGCAACAGCAAAUUUUCAGUCUAAAGACGACCUGGUGAAGAUGAGUGGAAGAAUCGAGUGCGAAGGCCCCAAUCGUCAUCUUUAUGAUUUUACUGGAAACCUGCAACUGGAUAGUAACAGCCCUGUUGCUGUUGGACCUGACCAGAUCUUACUAAGAGGUGCCCAGAUAAGGAACACUCAGUGGGUAAUGGGAAUAGUUGUGUACACAGGACACGACACCAAACUUAUGCAGAACUCGACGAAAGCACCCCUGAAAAGGUCAAACGUGGAAAAAGUGACAAAUGUCCAAAUCCUGGUCCUAUUCUGCAUCCUUCUGGUGAUGGCUCUGGUGAGCUCAGUCGGAGCUUUGUUAUGGAACAGAAAAUACGAUGAAACCAACUGGUAUCUGGGCAGUAAUGAAGCAAUAUCGAGCAAUUUUGGAUACAACCUGCUGACUUUCAUUAUUUUGUAUAACAACCUGAUUCCUAUUAGUCUUCUGGUGACCCUGGAAGUUGUGAAGUUUACUCAGGCUCUCUUUAUCAACUGGGACAGAGACAUGUAUUAUGCAGAAACAGAUACACCUGCAAUGGCAAGAACGUCAAACCUGAAUGAAGAGCUUGGCCAGGUGAAAUACUUAUUUUCUGACAAAACUGGAACAUUAACUUGCAACAUUAUGAACUUCAAGAAAUGCAGUAUCGGAGGAAUCACUUAUGGGCACUUUCCAGAAUUUGAAAGAGAACGUUCCUCUCAAGAUUUCAGCCAGUUGCCGACUACCAGCGAGUCAUGUGACUUUGACGAUCCCAAACUAUUUCAGAACAUUGAAAGUGACAGUCCUUCAGCAGCUGUGAUUCGAGAAUUCUUGACUUUGCUGGCUGUGUGUCACACUGUAGUCCCGGAAAAGGAUGGAGAUAACAUCAUCUACCAAGCUUCUUCUCCAGAUGAGGGAGCAUUAGUAAAAGGUGCAAGAAAGUUGGGUUACACCUUCACUGGUCGGACUCCGCAUUCAGUCAUUAUUGAUGCUAUGGGAAAGGAACAGAGCUUUGAAAUACUUAACGUUCUGGAAUUCUCUAGCAAUAGGAAAAGGAUGUCUGUAGUUGUCCGAACUCCAUCUGGAAAUCUCCGUCUUUACUGUAAAGGAGCGGAUAAUGUUAUUUUCGAAAGGUUAUCAAGAGAGUCGCAGUAUAUGGAACUUACGCUAAAUCAUCUUGAACAGUUUGCCUCGGAAGGCUUAAGAACAUUGUGCAUUGCGUAUGCUGACCUGUCGGAAUCGAGCUAUGAGGAAUGGAUGAAGGUUUAUAAUGAAGUCAGUGUCGUCCUUAAGGACAGAACUCAGAAACUUGAAGAAUGCUAUGAGAUUAUUGAGAAGGAUCUGAUGCUGCUUGGUGCUACAGCUAUUGAGGAUCGCCUACAAGGAGGGGUUCCCGGGACUAUAGCAACAUUGAUGAAAGCCGAAAUUAAAAUAUGGGUUUUAACCGGAGACAAGCAGGAGACCGCUGUUAACAUAGCUUACUCAUGCAGACUUGUGUCUCAAACGAUGUCACUCAUUAUGGUGAACGAAGACUCACUGGAUGCAACAAGAGAAACAUUAACCAAUCACUGUACCAACCUUGGUGACUCACUGGGUAAAGAAAACGAUAUUGCUUUAAUAAUCGAUGGACAGACCUUGAAAUUCGCUCUCUCGUCUGAGGUUCGCAAGAGCUUUCUGGACCUGGCCCUGUCCUGCAAGUCUGUCAUCUGUUGUCGAGUGUCUCCGCUGCAGAAAUCUGAAAUUGUAGACAUGGUAAAGAAACACGUGAAUGCCAUCACACUGGCUAUUGGAGAUGGUGCCAACGAUGUUGGAAUGAUCCAGACCGCACACGUUGGAGUUGGGAUUAGUGGGAACGAGGGCAUGCAAGCUACCAACUCCUCCGAUUACGCCAUCGCGCAGUUUUCCUACUUGGAGAAACUUUUACUUGUUCACGGCGCAUGGAGCUACAACCGCGUGACUAAAUGCAUCCUAUACUGUUUCUACAAGAAUGUGGUCCUAUACAUCAUUGAGCUUUGGUUUGCCUUUGUUAAUGGAUUUUCUGGACAAAUUUUGUUUGAACGGUGGUGCAUUGGUUUGUACAAUGUGAUUUUCACUGCUUUACCUCCUUUCAUGUUGGGAAUCUGUGAACGUUCGUGUAGUCAGGACAGCAUGAUAAGAUUUCCUCAACUCUACAAAAUCACUCAGAACGCUGACGGAUUUAACACAAGAGUUUUUUGGGGUCACUGCAUCAACGCCUUAGUCCACUCCCUCAUUCUCUUCUGGUUUCCGCUGAAGAUGCUGGAGCACGAUGCUGUAUUUCCCAGCGGGCACGUUGUAGACUAUUUAUUCGUUGGAAACAUUGUUUACACGUAUGUUGUGGUAACAGUCUGCUUGAAAGCUGGUCUUGAAACCACUGCAUGGACAAAGUUCAGUCACCUGGCUGUGUGGGGGAGCAUGCUCAUGUGGUUAGUGUUCUUUGGGGUGUACUCUACAAUCUGGCCAGUGAUUCCUCUUGCCCCGGACAUGCUUGGACAGGCUGAGAUGGUGCUAAAGUGUGGAUACUUUUGGCUUGGAUUACUGCUGGUGCCAGCUGCAUGUCUAAUUAGGGAUGUGGUAUGGAGAGCGGCAAAGCAUUCAUGUCGCAAGACGUUACUGGAGCAAGUUCAGGAGAUAGAGGCCAGAUCUAAAGAAAUGGGAAAAGCGGCCCUUCGGGACUCCAAUGGAAAAAGCUUGAACGAACGUGACCACUUGUUGAAGAGACUUGGCAGAAAAACCCCUCCAAGCCUCUUCCGGGCUAAUUCCGUCCAGCAAAGUGUAACAUAUGGCUAUGCUUUCUCUCAAGAAGAACACGGAGUUGUUUCCCAGUCUCAAGUGGUCCGAUCCUAUGACACGACAAAACAGAGGGCCAGCAUAGAAUAACAGGGACAUCGGCAACUGAGCUUUGGACAAUACAGGCACUGUUAACAGAUAUUUGACUAAGGUUUGGCCGCGGCAGCCGAAAAACUGGGAAACUCAUUUCUGUGCCCUUUGCCAACAAAUUUCUUAGUUAUUUUUUUUCUGCCAGCGAGGCCUGCAUGAGAUUUAAAGAAACUAUGCAUUACAGGUCUCUCUCUGGAAGCUAAGUGGUUAACGUGUAAUGCAAG